UCCUUCCGGGUCGUGCCGGGCUCUUUUGGGCGCUGCACCGAGCGGAGAGUUUAGGGCGUGGCGCCACCUGCGGCUCAUCCAAGAUGGCGGGAGGCUGCCGGUUGCCGGGCGGAUGGAAGUCCUGAUGACGGUGCGGAGACUCGCCUCCAUCUGUACCAUGGGCGCCAAUGCCUCCGCUUUGGAGAAAGAGAUUGGUCCGGAGCAAUUUCCCAUGAAUGAGCAUUACUUUGGCUUGGUCAACUUUGGCAACACCUGCUACUGCAACUCAGUCCUCCAGGCACUGUACUUCUGCCGCCCCUUUCGGGAGAAGGUCUUGGCCUACAAGGUUCAGCCCCGCAAGAAGGAGAGCCUCCUGACGUGCCUCUCGGACCUCUUCAACAGCAUCGCCACCCAGAAGAAGAAGGUGGGCGUCAUCCCUCCCAAGAAGUUUAUUUCCCGGCUGAGGAAAGAGAACGAACUCUUUGACAAUUACAUGCAGCAGGACGCUCACGAGUUCCUCAACUACCUGCUGAACACCAUUGCCGACUUGCUACAAGAAGAGAAGAAGCAGGAGAAGCAGAACGGGAAGCUCCAGAACGGGAGUCUCGAGAGCAGUGGCGGCGACGAGGGGGAGAAGGGCGACCUCACCUGGGUCCACGAAAUCUUCCAGGGGACCCUCACCAAUGAAACCAGAUGCCUGAACUGCGAAGCCGUUAGCAGCAAAGAUGAGGACUUUCUGGACCUGUCGGUUGACGUGGAACAAAAUACGUCGAUAACGCACUGUUUGAGGGGGUUCAGCAAUACCGAGACUCUGUGCAGUGAAUACAAAUACUACUGUGAGCAAUGCCGUAGUAAACAGGAAGCACAAAAGAGGAUGCGGGUGAAAAAGCUGCCCAUGAUCCUCGCCCUGCACUUGAAGCGGUUCAAGUACAUGGACCAGCUGCACCGGUACACCAAGCUCUCCUACCGGGUCGUCUUCCCCUUGGAGCUCCGGCUCUUCAACACGUCGGGCGACGCCACAAACCCGGACCGGAUGUACGACUUGGUGGCCGUGGUGGUGCAUUGUGGCAGUGGUCCGAACCGUGGGCAUUAUAUCACCAUUGUGAAGAGCCAUGGGUUUUGGCUGCUGUUUGACGACGACAUUGUAGAGAAAAUCGACGCUCAAGCGAUUGAAGAGUUCUAUGGCUUGACGUCGGACAUUUCCAAAAACUCGGAAUCUGGGUAUAUCCUCUUUUACCAGUCGAGAGACUAAAGUGGCGCACUUUGCAAACAAAAGAAGGGAUCACGACCGUGUCCGGACGGGACAACCUGGUGCUCGCAAAACUACGUCUCCCGCAUCGUAGGACCAGGGGAGAUCACCGGGAAACUAGCGGGACCCUCUCCUCGCAGCGGCCGCCUUGAGCAAGGAUGCUGUGCGCUCUGGAUUUCUUCCGGCGCUGUUUUAUACACACCUGCGUUGUCUUUACUUGAAACUGGGCUCGGGAACCAAGGAAGGUCGCGUUGUCGGACUUCAGAGAUGACCCAAGGCUUUCCUUUGGAUUCUGGUUCGUGUUGAUUUCCUGCUUUCUCACAAAGGGAUUUCAAAUGGCACGUCUCGGUCGGCUCUAAAUAGCCGAAAUUGUUUAGGAAGCAGCCGAUUUUUCACUGUGUCUUUGGCAGGCAUGGGCAAACUUCGGCCCUCCGGGUGUUUUGGACUUCAACUCCCACAAUUCCUAACAGCCGGUAGGCUGUUAGGAAUUGUGGGAGUUGAAGUCCAAAACACCCGGAGGGCCGAAGUUUGCCCAUGCCUGAUAGAGAAAAAGCAAAAUAGCGAAUUAUUUACAUUACGGAGUUCAUCCUUUUCGGUGCAUCUGAUGCCUUGUAAAGUAGGAUUUUUUUGGCACAGUAAUGGGCAAUACUGUGAUCAUAGAGAUCAUGAAAAUAUGUGUGAUAAAGAAUAUCAGCCCAUAAACGUCCCCAUGGAUUUCCUCAAAAGCGUUGAUUUCAGGCAACACUAUUUAUUACACAAUUUCCCCCUUUUUCUUCUCUGUCUCUCCCUCCCAGAUUGAAAGUAACUUUUCUAAACUUUGUUAUACUUCUUUUGGGUUUUUUGUUGUUGUAAUAAACAGGAUUGACUCUGCAGCAUCCUAGGGAACAAAGGAGUCAUGCAGUGGUUCUCAACCUGUGGGUCCCCAGAUGUUUUGGCCUGGGAUUUCUGGGAGUUGUAGUCCAAAACACCUGGGGACACACACAACGCCUGUUAUAGUGGGUCCACCAACACUGUAAUGCGGUUUAACUGCAAUAUAUGAGUCUACACUGCUGUAUAAUGUGGUUUGAUACAGUUAAGCUGAAUAAUAUAGCAAUGUAUAUGGCACAUGAGACUCAAAACAAAGAUCGCCAUAUUGCUUGAAGCGUCCUUAUGAGCCAAAAGUGUCCUCUGUGCAAUUUUUUAGCACUAAUUUAUCUGCGUAUUAAAAUCUCGGGACGCACAUACAUCCACACACAAUGCGUAUUAACUAACUUUUAGGUUAAGCAUGUGCAAAUGCAAUGCUUUUGGAUCCCUUCCUGUUGUCAGAGCAAAAUAAGGUUGCCUUGGGAAAAGCCUACAUGGGAACUGCUUAGCAUUGUUGUAUAUUGCAAUAGCAUAUUGUAAUAUGCUAUAAUGUUGUAUAUUACAAUAGCAAGGAUUAAUAGGAAAUCGACGAUGCAAAAGGGAAGUGUCUGCUCUAAGAGAUCACUGAUCUAGGUUGCUGUGAGUUUUCUGGCCACGUUCCAGAAGCAUUCUCUCCUGACGUUACGCCCACAUCAAUGGCAGGGAACCUCACAACCGCUGAGGAUGCUUGCUAUAGAUGUGGGCGAAAACGUCAGGAGAGAAUGCUUCUGGAACAUGGCCAUACCGCAACCCAGCGAUUCCAGCCAUGAGAACCUUCGGUAACACAUUACUGAUCUAGUUGCCAGUUUGGCAGUUUUGGUUUCCCUGUGUCUGGAAUUCUGUGUAGUCGGACAUGGUGGUUGUGAGAGUGGUCCAGCAUUUCUGUGUUCUCAAAUAACUGCUUCCCAGUUAACAUAAAUGGAGGGAGAUGUUUCCAUAUAGCCUUUGUGGGCUCAAUAGUCUUUCUAACCCGGGCAUGGGCAAGCUUUGUCCCUCCGGGUGUUUGGACUCCAACUCCCAGCAUUCCUAACAGCCUCAGGCCCUUUCCUUUCCCCCCUCAGCCUUCUCAGUUCCCUUGUGAAACGGGAGUUUUCCUGAGAAGCCAGAUUAGGUUUGAGAACAGAGGGAGUGAUGAAUAUACUUCAGCAGCUGAGGGGGAAAAGGAAAGGGACUGAGGCUGUUAGGAAUGGUGGGAAUUGCAGUCCAAAACACCCGGAGGGCCCAACUUGGCCUAUGCCUGUUCCAACCCAUUCCACUAUUUUCCUAAAUUCCAAUUUCAACAUUUUCUAACCAACACCAGAAAAAAAAAACUAAAACGAAAUGCCUUUCUUUGCUAGUAAAACAAUAAUGUCUAAUAUGCAAAGGUAAUGAAUUGCAUCUUCAACGUUUGUCACACUUAAUAGAACAACCGAUGAAAACGAUGCGAUGUUCGGAGUGAACUUUUCUCUUUGGUAGAAAAACCUCUUUUCACCUGUAUUCGUUCUAGGCUGAUUUGCAAAUGCAGAAAAGUCACUUCGGAGAACACUAACCGAGCUCGUAUUUUGUACAUUUGGGGAUAAUGUUUUUACAAAUAACUUGCCUGACUUGAGAAAGAGAAAUAGAAGAAGAAGAAAUAGAAUAUUGGGAUAUAUAUGCUAUAGAUUUAAAAAGUGCACUUUUGCUACAGAUUUAUAAGGGAAAUAAAUGGGAAGUGAGUGGUAUGGUGUUAACUUCUGUGUCAUAAAUAUAUCUCCAAUAAAGGUCAAGUAUGGUGA